AAGGGGAAAUGCAAAUCGAGGGCGAACAAGAGGUGCAAUACAAGAUAUCCAGAAAAGGGCUUCCUUCAUUCGUGCAGAGGAGAUGAGUCUAGACAUUGGUCAAGACGCUCGCCAUCAUGAAGUUCACCAACUUCCCCAUCCUGAUACCAGCCUUCACCGCGCGAAUCUACAUCGAUACACCGCUCCCCAUUACCGCCGACCUCCUCAAUAUCCCCUUUCUCCCAAGCGCCGGGACACUCAUCUCGGAGCCCGACUACCGGCCCGCACUGCGCGCCACCUUCGUCCACGGGAGCGACUUCCUGCGGCGGGAUUCAGACGGCCAGAUAGUCCGUCUGGAUGUGACGAGCGUCGCCCGCGACGCCACGGGUGCCCUGCUGCGCUUCAACUACAACGGCGUCGUCGGCAUGACGGGCGACGAGGGCAAGAUCAUCCGCGGUGACGUCAACGCCACGACGACGGGCUUUGGCAAUGCCUUUGUGCAGGUUAGGUUUGAGACUGAUAGUCCUGGCCUUAAGCUAUUAGAAGACAAGUUGUACGUAGGCUCCGGAAGAUUCAUCGUUCAGGAGAAUGAGCCCAUUGUGGUUGAAUACAAGAUUAGCGAAGUCGGCGCACCCUGCGGCGGGGAACGAGUGGCGGGGUGAGAACGUGCAACAUGGUUCUGGGCGCAUAAGGGAGCUUUUGCGACAUUGGUCUUUGCGGGUGUUUUUCCAAUAGUUCGAAAUCAAUUCGGUAUCGGAAGAAUAUGCUCCUGUGCCGUCGCGUC